AGUUGAGCAACGCAAGGCACAUUCUUCAUCAGGAGCGGAGAGAUUAGGGUUUAGCAUAGCACAACGCAGGGAAAUACUGCAAUCAUGGCAGACGAUGUUCCCAAUGAUGUGAAGGAAGACGUGGCAGAUAUUGCCCCAUUUGAUCCUACUAAAAAGAAGAAGAAGAAGAAGGUUGUAAUUCAGGAUCCUGCUGAUGAUUCUGUGGAAAAGGUGACUGAGCAGACGGAGAACUUGUCAGUUUCUGAUGGACUUGAAAGUACUUUCUCUGGUCUGAAAAAGAAGAAAAAGAAGGCAGUUGACACCAGUUCCUUGAACGAAGAGAGUGGAGAAGUGGGGGAAGAUUUAGAUGAUCAUGCUGGUGUAGAUGAAGAAGGAGAAGGAACUGUGCCACAGUCACGUUUUCCUUGGGAAGGAAGUGACCGUGAUUAUGAAUAUGAGGAGCUUCUUGGUAGGGUGUUUAACAUUCUUCGGGAGAAUAAUCCAGAGCUGGCAGGAGAUAGGCGUAGGACUGUUAUGAGGCCUCCACAAGUUCUUCGUGAGGGCACAAAGAAAACUGUUUUUGUGAACUUCAUGGAUCUCUGCAAGACGAUGCAUCGGCAGCCAGACCAUGUGAUGGCAUUCUUGCUGGCUGAACUGGGGACAAGUGGGUCACUUGAUGGGCAGCAAAGACUAGUCGUGAAAGGAAGAUUUGCGCCUAAGAAUUUUGAAGGAAUCCUGCGCCGUUAUAUUAACGAGUAUGUCAUUUGCAUUGGGUGCAAAAGUCCAGACACUAUACUUUCGAAGGAGAAUCGUCUCUUCUUUCUCCGAUGUGAGAAGUGUGGUUCUGGACGAUCAGUUGCUCCAAUUAAAGCUGGUUUUGUUGCUCGUGUUGGCCGUAGGACUGCAGGAACAUGAUCUGCCCUGCUGCCCUUUUUCUAGCUAGCGACACAUGGUUGAGUUGUUCGUGAACAAUGAGUUUUGAGUUUGUGUCUAUUUACCAAUCUACCCUUGUUUUAAGUAGAAGUCAAUAAUUGUAUCUUUUUGUUAUUUUACUGCUUGAUAAUAUAGUUCUACCAUUUAUGGUUUGAAUGUUUUGCUUGGAUUCUGGAGACUGCAACCCUUUCACAUGAUAAUUUUAUGCCGCCCUCUUUCUCUCUC